AUGGAUGCCCUGGGCGAGCCCCGGUGGCCCCCGGGCCUGGAAGUCAUGAAGACAGUUGAUGAUUUGCUACGGUGUGGAAUUUGCUUUGAAUAUUUCAACAUAGCAAUGAUGAUUCCUCAGUGUUCACAUAACUACUGUUCUCUCUGUAUAAGAAAAUUUUUGUCCUAUAAAACACAGUGUCCAACUUGUUGUGUGACAGUCACAGAGCCGGACCUGAAAAAUAACCGUGCAUUGGAUGAACUGGUAAAAAGCUUGAAUUUUGCACGGAAUCAUUUGUUGCAGUUUGCCUUAGAGUCACCGCCCAUUUCUCCUGCUUCCGCCUCUUCAAAGCAUCUUGCUGCCAAAGCCCACACUCCUGUGGCCUUCAAACAGUCCGUAAAGCAAGGAAGCAGGUUAAUGGAGAAUUUCUUGAUCAGAGAAACUAAUGGUUCUACGUCAGAGUUGUUGAUAAAUGAGAAGGAAAACAAAUUCAGCUCUCAAAGAGCGGUGAGCAGUUCUGCAAAGACCAAAGAGACACCUUUAGAAAGGACAGCUCCAAGCAUCGCGGAUGCUAAUGUUCCGGAGACACCCUCUACAUCCACUUUGAAACAAGUUACCAAAGUGGAAUGUCCUGUCUGUGGGGUCAGUAUUCUAGAAGAUCACAUCAAUAAGCACUUGGACAGCUGUUUGUCCCGUGAAGAGAAGAAGGAGAGCCUCAGAAGUUCUGUUCACAAAAGGAAGCCGCUGCCCAAAACUGUAUAUAGUUUGCUAUCAGAUCGUGAUUUAAAGAAAAAGCUAAAACAGCAUGGAUUAUCUAUUCAAGGAAGUAAACAACAGCUCAUUAAAAGGCACCAAGAAUUUGUUCACAUGUAUAAUGCCCAGUGUGAUGCUUUGCAUCCUAAAUCAGCUGCUGAAAUAGUUCAAGAACUUGAAAAUAUGGAGAAGACUAGGAUGCGUCUUGAAGCUAGUAAACUCAAUGAAAGAGUAAUGGUUUUUACAAAGGACCACACAGAAAAGGAAAUAGACGAAAUCCAUAGUAAAUACCGUAAAAAACAUCAGAAUGAAUUUCAGCUUCUGGUGGAUCAGGCCAAAAAAGGAUAUAAGAAAACUGUUGAAAUGUCAAAAAAGGAUACAAGAAAACUGUUGAAAUGUCAAAAAGAUGAACCUACAGAAAUGCUAUUCCCUGUAUGCCUGGAUCGGGAAGAUAAUAAAAUGAAAUUACCAGAUAUGCCCUUAGUAAUAAACCACUUCCCUCAGCCAAAGCUGGGCUCCCCGGGGAUAUGUGAGCCCGACGGACCUGAUGAUUCUUCCAGCUGCACUGAUAUCGAAGAAGACGCUCUUUCUUCAUCCGAAUCAGAUACAUUCAAUAGUUCCAGUUCGGACAUCAUUAGAGAUAUUCUUGAAGAGGAGGAAGCCUGGGAAGCAUCACAUAAAAAUGAUCUUCAGGACACAGAAACAAGUCCAACACAGAAUCGUCGGACAAGACCAGAAAGUACAGAGAUGGAGCCGAGAAACAAGCGGAAUAGGAACUAG